GGAUUAUGCAGAUGUCGUUGGCCGUUAUGCAGACAACGAAUUUAAAAGUCAUUUUAGAAUGUCAAAAUCAACGUUUGAAUACCUAGUAAAUAUUAUAAGAGGCGAUUUAAUUAGAAAGGUUAAUGGUUGUCCGACAAUUCCGGCUGAAAAGCAGCUGAUGAUUGCCUUAUGGAAAAUGGCAACUAGCGAUUCAUAUAGGUCUGUAUGUGAUCGCUUCAAUGUAGGAAAAGCCACUGGUCUACGAGCUGUACGUAGGGUUACGUAUUCCCUGCAUAAAAGAGCAGCGAGAUGGAUUCAGUGGCCAGUGGGAGAUCGUGCCAUCACAGUGAUGCAACAGUUUGAGGCAUCAUCAGGGUUCCCAAGAGUUAUUGGGGCCAUCGAUGGCACCCACAUUCGCAUCGAUGCUCCACAAGAAAAUGCCCCAGACUAUGUCAAUCGUAAACAUUUUCAUUCGAUACAAUUACAGUUGGUCUGUGAUUCUAACAUGUUAAUAACGCACUGUUACACUGGACACCCGGGCUCCGUCCAUGACCAGAGGGUGUUUAGGCUUUCUGAUGUGGCAAACUUUGUAGAAGAUGCAGAAAAAUUUCCUAUGGAUAGCCACCUGUUAGGUGAUGCAGCCUACGAGUUGCAUGAACAUCUCCUUGUGCCCUUUCGGGACAACGGUCAUCUGACAGAACUGCAAAACAAAUAUAAUAGACACCUUUCAACAGCUAGAGUUACAAUUGAAAGAUGUAUAGGAUUACUGAAGGCUAGAAUGAGAAGUUUACUGCAUUGCUUACCUAUGGUGCGUGUGGAUCAAAUGCCGCAGUAUAUAAUAGCGUGCUGCGUGAUUCAUAACAUUUGCCUGCUACGUGGAGAUGAUAUAAGAAUGGUUGUCAUACCAGGGGAUCCCCAAGGAAAUGCCCGAAAUAUUGAUCAAUUUGGAAGAAAUAAUGCUGUAGUGGCAAAAAGGAACAUAAUAAUGAAUGCUUUACGAUAAUAUUAUUCAAAUAUUCAAAUCAAAUA